CGUGGAUGGCCUAAGGCUGGAGCAGGGCAGCAGACGAGUCGUCGGAGUAGGCCGGAGUCUUGGUCUGUGGGCGGCGCCGCCAACUCAGCCAGCAUUUCGAUUGGGCCGCCUAGCUGGGGAGAGUAGGCUGGCUGCUGGAUUGAUGCAGGCGGCACAGCGAGACGCAAGUGGCGGCGAAAAGCAGGCGGACUGCGGUAAGCUGAGAAAAAGAGAAACAGAGAAGAUGGCUCUGCAACUUGCAGACUGUGGGAUUGAUUACGAAGGAUUGAUUACUCCAGCCAUAUGCAAUUUGCUUAAGUUCGGAUCAACACCAUGGAUACAUAUAUUUAGAUGCAAUGAAUGUAAUGUUGAUGAUUUUGCCAACAGUAUGUUUCAAGUACUAUUUAUAUGAAGGAUUAGUUAAUCUAAUAUUUAAUCAAUUGCCAUAAUGUUCAUUUGCAUAGAAUAAGAUAUACGUAGUAAUUGAUUAUCUAUUAAUGUGGUGUUAUCAUUUCUAUUGAUUCUAGCUGACUUUUAA